GGGAGAGAGGAGAGGAGAGGCAGAGCUGGAAAAUAAAGAGAGUGACAGAGAAACAGAGAGGAGGAGAGCCGAGAGAGAAGACAGGAGGGGAACUUAAUUCACCGCUGUGUUUCCAGGCUCUCUGACGUCGCUGUGAAACCCUCUCGUGCUGCUGCUGCUGCAACACUGAAUGCUAUCAGGAGCGAGCAGGCAGCUGCCAAACCCACUGACACACACACACACACACGCACACACAAACAUAUAGCAGUGUUGGAUAUGACUCGUCCGCUGAGGCAGCUUUUUGGUGUGGAGGACUUGGAGUGACAGUUGGGAAUAACCGAUUCUUCAUCCAGUCAGAUGAGCGUCAGUUUCUCAUGAACCCCCUCAGUGAGUGCAGCUCAACCUGACGGGCUGCCAGAGAAAACAUCAACACAACAAGCCGGUGUGUUUCGUGAAGAUGAAGUGACGCCACCAGGAUCUGAGCCCCGACAACGUCACAGCUUCCAUCAGACCAAAAACAACACAAAACAGGAUGUCGGUGAAGCUGCGAUUCGACUCUCCCUCAGACGGAGGUUUGGUCCACAGGAGUCGUUCCUUCACCGGGUUCAGCUCUCUGACUGGACGACGACGGCCAUCCUCUGCUCGUAACUCUCUCCGCUCCAAGGCCACAACUGGAGGGAAAUCUCCCAGAAUGCACCUGUCCCCCAGCAGAGGGGGCGGGGCUAUCUGGUCUAUGCAGCCGGAGCAGGUCGACAGGGUCUUCCAGGCGCUACGCAAAGGACUUAAGGAGUACCUGGAGGGUCACCAGACAGAGAUGGACUUCCUGUCUUCACAGCAGAGAGAGACCAAGAGAAACUCCAGACUGGCCUUUCUGUAUGAUCUGGAGAAGGAGAUCAGAGCAUUGGAGAGAUACAUACGAAGAUUAGAAUUUCAAAUCAGCAAGGUGGAGGAACUGUAUGAGACGUAUUGUAUCCAGUGGAGGUUGUGUCAGGGAGCGGUCAAUAUGAAGAGAGCCUUCUCACUGUCGCCGUCCACCAGAGCCUCCAGAGAGAGUCUGCUGGAGCUCGGUCGCAACCACAGACACAGCCUGCAGGACAUGUCAGUUAUGGAGGGAGAGUUAGAGAUCCUCCUCGGAGAGCUACAUAUCAAAAUGAAAGGUCUGAUCGGCUUUGCUCGGCUCUGCCCUGGAGACCAAUACGAGGUGGUGGUGCGGCUGGGCCGCCAGCGAUGGAGGAUCAGAGGGAGGAUCGAAUCAGAUGAUACGCAGGCCUGGGAUGAAGAGGAGAUGGUCUUCCUUCCGCACAUACACCACAACUUUGAGAUCAAGGUGAUGGAGGCAAAGGGUUUGGGUUGGCUGCUGGUUGGCAUGGUGACGUGUGCGAGCGCAGACUUCUUUGUGGCGAGGCCGCAGCUGAUGUUGGUGGACAUCACAGAGCUGGGAACCAUCAAACUGCAGCUGGAAGUCACCUGGAAUCCAUUCGACAGUGCUGAGAAGAUGAGGCCGCUGUCUGUCAGCAAGCAAUCUGUGUCCAGCAGGAAGAGUUCAGUUUACAGCUGGACGGCACCGAGUACUCCGUCCUUCACUGAGAAAUACUUUAUAUCGAUGAUGCGUGAGCUGCACGAUCGAGAAGGCUCCCUCCCGUCUCUGGUGUCUAAAAGUCGAAAUAACAGAGGAGGUGUGUCUCUGCUCAGCUAUCUGUCCAACCCCUCACACACCGCCAUCACACCUAACCACAGCCCUCGAAGCCCCUACAGUCUCACAAGGACUCACAGCUACCCCUCCAGUCACAGUCAAGGCACCAGUCUGGGAGGAAGCCAGACUCAGCUGUCCCUCGGGGAGGAAGAAUCCCUGGAGGUCUCUACAGAGGAGGCGCAAAGGAGGGAGAGGAUGGAUGAGAAGGAUGGAGAGGAGGAGUGGGGGAGUGUGUUAGAUUCUUCCUCAUCACCAGCAGAGAGUAAAACAGGAUCCCUGCUGGCUCUCCAGAGGUCGAGCACUCCUGACAUCCUCAGAAAGAACACAGCUGGAGAACCAGACCCUGAGACACACAGUGCAGUGCUGGGACAGGACACCAUCAGUGAUCAGGACUCUCCAGAAUCUCAGUCAUAUUCUGCCCCUCCCUCGCCUACAUCCCCGACUCAGCCCACAGACGUCACCCCUUCCUCGCCCACAACUGCUGCUCCGACUCCAGGGAGGUCGGUGGUGAGCAGUGCCCUGCGGAGGGCCCAGGCCGUAAAACUGGGAGCCCUGAUCGCAGAGCUGGAGAAGAUGUUACAGAACCAGAGCUGCUCUGAGAAGGAGCUGAGAACCCUGGACCACCAGAUACUGCACCUGGCAACUAUACUGAAGAACGACCUCUCUCUGCUGAAAAGCUCGUCAUCAGAGGAAACUCUGGCUGUGGAGGAAGUCCUCGGCAGCUUUGACUUUCUGUCAAAUGACUUCAACGUAGACGAUGACACUUCCUGUUUGGGCAGCCUGAGACUAAAGGACAGUGGCAUCAGUUCUUUGCAGCAGAGCGCUCUGAGGAGUCCCGGCAUACUCUCCAAGAACAGCCAAUCGACUUCUGAGGAGGAGUUGGUCAUCAGCCCUCUGACUUCUGGAGAUUUUGGUGUUGACCAGGCUCUCGAGACUCACCUGGAUAUAUGCUGCAUCCUGCUCCAGAUGAUAAGAACGACCGAUUUCAGCCCAUCUAGGAGGGACCUGCUGGAGGAAAUGGCUCUCCAAGCUGAAGUCUUGGACAGAAUCAGCUGUCUGCUGCUGGAAAAAAACGACAGCCUCUCUGCUAGAGACAUCCUGCCGAAGGCCCAGAGAACAAGGGAUGUGCUGUUGUUCUGGGAGGAGUGUGUCAACGACAGCAGCUCUCUUUUCUGUUGCCUCUCCGAUAGCUUCUCCAGGUCACUACGGAAACGUUACACCCACAAGGUGAAGGCGAAGCAGCCCGGCCAGUCAGAAAAAGUGUUUUCUCAGCUCCUGCAGCAGGUGCAGAUGGCCUGUCGGGUGGUGCCCAGCCCUCGGCAGGUCUGCAGCCCAGAGAGAGUCACCCUCUUCCAGCUGUCAGUGUAUCUGAAACGCUGGAGCAUCCAGGAGGUGGGAGAGCACAUCUCACGCCUCUCCAGAGAAGAGUACAUCCUCUCUGUGCUGAGGAGCCCGAAAAGGAGGCGGGCUUUAAAUAAGCUGAGGGGUCGCCGCAUUGCGGAGCUAAUCCCACUGGGGUGCACGCUGCAGACUCUGGCCGCCCUGCAGAUCGACUCCAACCACAAAGUCUGCAAAGCUGCUGCCAACUGUCUCUGCAGAGCUGCGGGCUUCAAGGCCUUUAGGAGCAAGGCGGUAGUUUACUACACAGAGAGUUUGAAAAGCACUGAUGUACAGAUCCAACAAGGCUCCUGUCUGGCUCUUAAAUGCCUCAGGGCAACAGAAAGUGUGGACUACAUAGCAGAUUUAUGGAGAUCAGCGGAUGAAGAUCUGUUCAGCGCUGCCAGAGAAACUGUCCUCUCCUUUGGUAAAAUGGGGUAUCUUGCCUUCCAGAGGAUGGACCAGCUGUACGCUGAGAUGCAGGAGGAGGCUUACCAGAACCAAGAGACUGAGAUUACCUUUCUAUAGGAGACAAGUCUGGACCUGAAAUAGGCCGCGACAUGAAGAGUGUGUGUGUGUCUCAAUGAGCCUGACAGACAGGGUGAGAGACAACAUUAAACAGAGUUCGUGUCUGAGUUGGAUAAAGUGUAUGAGCCAGCGCUGAGGGUGAAUGCCAGGAUCAGAGAUUGUACAUUCUGAUAUUUGUUUGAAGAAAUCUGUGGUGCCUUCAUGACAAACACCAAAGGGACGAGUGCAGAGGAAGAUCUAAAAAUGAUGACUCUUGCUUCCUUUGGAUAAUCACUUGAUCAUUCACUCAUGUUUUUGCUCCAAAGCUCCAAUUUCCGUGAUCCUGUGACCGGAGAAGUGACUUUACUGGGACCAUGAAUGUAUUUUGAUCAAAUAUGCAGAGUUCUGUUCUCUAUUGCAGUACCACUAUUUAACCAAAGAUGCCUCGUGCAGCUGUAAAAUUAUCUGCUUUUCCUGUGUUGGGACUUACUUUCAAUAAGGUCUAUAUUGUUGUUGUUUUAUUGAAAAAAUUAAGGAGAAUUGUGUUAUUGCUUCACAUUUUGUCACAAGUGUGUGAUUAAGAGGCAUAAUGAGCAAAAAUCCAAACUAUCAUGUGGACAUUAAACCCCAAGGGACCAAAUAAAUCCCUGGUAACAAAUAGCUACAAAUGUACCUGUGGCAGGUCACUUUUUUUAUAGAGGCAGAACUUACUUUACUUGUUUUCAUCAACUGAAUAGAAGGGACACAAAUGGCUGCUGAAACAGGACUUGUGUGACAUCCAGGGACUAGAGGAUUACGAUACAAACAUGUCUGAGAGGCAGCCAAACAGCAUUUAAGAGGUUUUACUCUGCUCCCUUAAAUCCGUUCUUGAGGGGCGAAAUUUACUAAACUUGUGAGUUUCCUACAUUGCAGAUGAUAGCAGAGUGCAGCCAGCUGCUGGAUGUUAUGGGCUGAUGAAAGUGUGUUGUCAUUUGAGAUUCAUAUGUGCAAUGAUUUGCAAUGAUUUAGCCUGAAGAAGGUGACAACAAUGCUGAGGCAAUGCACGCAGGCAAUAUGGCCAGAACAUAAUCCCAGUCUCAUCAGUGCUUGAAAAAGAAUAGCAACACUUCAUAAUAAGGAUAUGAAACACAUGCUUAACUGAUACAGGACUCAUAAUGAUUUAAUAGAUUAAAGAUGUGUCAUGAGUUCCUUUUAUUCACCAUUAAGUGGUUUAUUUGUUCAGUAAUUAAUGUUACUUCAUAGAUUCAUUAAUACGCCACAAAAUUAGCUGGAAUCCAGUCAGUAAUUCUGAAAAUGAAACUACCUCUAAUUUUAAUUAUAUAUCAAUCUGCUUUUAUUAUUAUUAUAAUCAUUUUAUUAUUUGCUUUGUCAAUGAAAUGGCUUCAAUGUCUUGUUUAUUUCGAUCAGCAGUCAAAAACCCAAAUAUUCUUAGUGCACUUUUUUCUCUGUUUUACAUCAAUGAAAUAGAGAAAACAGCAAAUCCUCACAUCUGAAGGAGCUGGAAGCUGCAAAAUCUUAGCAUUUCCAUUGAUCAGCAUAGUUGAUAGUAGAUAGUAGAUUACUUGGCUAAUCAUUUCACCUCUACCAGUUAUACAAAAACAAGGACAUGUCAGACCCAUGGAUUGAUCAGCCUGUGAAACCAGAACAGAACCUGAAGCAGUUUAAAUCAAACUGGUAGUCCAAUACAAAUUUUUACAUGUUUGUGUCAGACUGACAAGCCUCAUGAGUUUAUUUUUGUUAUACAUUUUUGUUGCUGAAAGACGAAGAGUAUAGUAUAAAAGACAAAUGUGUAAACCUAAUAACCAUUUAGCAGAUGCCAAAUCAGGUGACAUGUCUAAACUAACAGAAGGACUUACUGAGCUUAACAUCGACACAUGAAGUGUUCAUCAAAUAGAAAUAAAAUUAAUAAAAAUGACACUGAACUGUUUGCCAUGGCUGUUUGACUAAUGGAGCAGAAAAUGGCAACUAGUGCUAGUUGUUACAGUGACAACGCAGGUCAGUGGGGCCCUAAAGUGUGUCACGCUCACUAGUUUGAGAGCUCCAUUUAAGCCUGAUGUUGCCUUUUAAGUGAUCAGAGGUAUUGACAUCUUUGCAAAGUGACUGGAUGUGUUUAUAAUUGGCAGUGCCGGCGGUAAUGUGCUACAACGCAAGUCCUGGAGGGUACUCUUAACGGGUUUUGGCAAUUCCCUCACAACAGACACAUCCCCAUGCUUCGUACGAAAACUCCACUGCUCUUUUGUUUGUUACUGCACAAUCUCAAUUUGGUGACUUUGCAAUUUGUUGCAAGUUGCUUGGUUGAUACAGAGGUUAAACAACUGUUGCAAUGACGAUAAUACACAUAAAAAUGUCUGCCACUCUUUCCACCCUGCUACAAUGAUAGAACAGAAUAGAUAGACUUUAUUGUCUGUCCCAACAGUGACAGAAAUUCUCCUUUGACAAGGCUCAACAAUACAAGACCCAAAUUCAAAACACAUUUAAAACAAAUUAACUGAUAAAAGCGUGUUAAAGUGCAGUGUCCAUUUUUUGUAUUUUAGAGGCUUUCUUACAGGUGUUUUUCUGGGCCAGUGUGACUAUGUGGCGCCUGUCUGAUGACAGUAACUGGAAGUAGUGGUGGAGAAGUGAUGUGAAUGGGAAUGUCUGUUCUACUAUUACUGCUUUAUCAGUGCACUUCUCACAAGAGAAGAUCAUAAUUACUCAUGUGUUACCUGGUUAACAUGCUAUUCUGCUUUAAGAAUCUUGGAUCAAAUGCAUUUCUGCGUAGCUGUUAUCUGGCUAAUAAGGUGGAAAAUUAAUUAAUAUAUGAAGUAACUGUGAGUUAACACUGAUAAUCCAUGAGGUGUUGACAUAUCACAUAAACUUUUAGUGACUUUAUAAUUUCUUAAGUAACCAAAGCAUGUGUUUCGUACCCUUAUUCAGUGUCACCAAAUUUCUUUAAAUCCUCCUCGUCUUUGACAAUUAAUUCUUAGUUUCUAACGUUGCUGGAGGCCCCACGGUCAGACUGAAUGACCCCAUCAUUGCUGAAACAGAGGCAGGUGCUGCCCUCUGCUGGCUGUUUAGGUGAACUGUCGUUUGGGGAGGGCCUUGACCUGAGGAUGCUUUCAUUGCCCACAGACUAGAUUUGGCUGUGGUUAAACUGACCUGGGACCUUUCUGACUGUGAAAUUUAAGGAAUGUUUGUGAGGUCAAAAAGUGUCAUGGGAAGAAGACAUGAGUCAGCUUUUUUGUGUGCUUGGCAGAGAAGGUUUCGGGGUCAUGUGAGGUUUUUCUUUAGUCACCGUAGCUCAAUACAGGUCACCUCUGCAUCAUGUUUAGGAAGUUUUUUGGUUUAUGAAAUGUGUUAGAAAACCCAGAAUGCUCAAAUCUAAUCAUUUAAUCUUCAUAAUAUUCGAAGACAUAAAUCAGGGGAUCAAAAUCCCCGGCAUACCAAAGCUCUCAUGUUGGAAAACAUGUCUUUCCCAAUCCUAUACAAGGGAAGACACUUUUUUUUAAGAUAAUCAGAUGCAGAUAAGCUCCUAAAACAAAACCUUGAAAAUGUUCAGAACAUAAACAAGAACCAGAGUUCGGCCUUGCGUUUGAAAACGCUCUGCCUGGUUUGUUUUAGCCCCGUCCUGCAGCACCAGAUGGUUCUGGAUUUGUAAAGACAAAUAACUAUAAAGAAUAGACAAUCAAAAGAAAAACAUGUCAAAGUCAUGUUUGUGUACUUUUUUUUUUUUUUUUUUUUACCAUGUUAGCUUCCUAAUCUUUUUGGGAUUGAUAUGUCUUGGUAAAACUUCCCAGAAUUUAAGUCAAAGCAAAUUCUUUGCUUUUGUUGAGUAAUACUGGCAAACGCACCAGCUGAGACUACAGGAGUUCUGUUUACUAGUUUUCUAGCUGCUGCUGCUGCUGCUGCAAAAGCAGGAUGUUUCUGUUUUCAAAGUUGCAUGGAAGGAAAAAGACAAGAAAAAGAGGUAACAGAGGAAAGUAGAGCUGAGGGAGAUUUGGAGGAAAAAAACGAAGUA